UAACAUCUCGUACAAAUCAAAACAAAGCUCAUAAUUUUGCAGAAGAAAUAUUUUGAGUUCAAUUUUCAAUUUUAUUUUUCAUUGGACUACGACUAUGGACCUGUUGGAAAUUAACAGGCAACAAUGCCGUAUCUGUUUUGAUAGAAUGGACAGUACAAUUUCUUUGGAUUGGAACGAGGGCGGAAAAACUUUAGCCGAAAUGCUUUGCUAUUGUGUAAAACUGGAGUUUCACGAAAGCGACGGUCUUCCAUUUAGAUGUUGUACAAGUUGUAAGGAUGACUUGAUAGUGGCAUUUAAACUAAUAGUACGAUGUCAGCAGUCAGAUGAAAAAUUCCGAGUACAGCUGCUUGAGGCUGUAUCAGCACUAAGGGAAACAUCUUCUUUGAGUGCGAUAGCUGAACAUAUAGAAACAACAGUUGAAUUUGAGUAUAAUGAUCCAUUCAAAGAAGAAAGUAGUGAGAGUUCUUCGGAUGAAAAAAAUAAGACCAGAAAGGAUAAUAAUCUGACACAUGAUGACAAUGAAUUUAAUAGCAAAGACGAUGAAGAAACACAGAUUGAUAAAAAAGGAGAUAAGGCUGUUGAGACAGAACGCAAACGAAGAAAGUAUGUUAAACGUAAGGUGGCUUCAAUCCCAAAAAGAUGUUGCAAAUGUAAGACUCGUUUUGAAAAUGAAGAACAAGCAGAGGAUCAUGUCAAAGUGCACCUGGAUUCUAAGCAAACUGAUCCUCAGAAGAUCUCUUCUCGUCCAUAUGAAUGCAAUGCAUGCUUCAAACGAUAUACCAACAGACGAGCUUUGCAGUUUCACCAACGAGAAAGGUACAUUGAUAAACCGUAUGAAUGCGACGAAUGUGAGCAUGAUUUUAUCUCUGAGGAUCUAUUGAUAGACCACAAAGAGUUGCACACCAAGGAUGCCGAUGAACGAAAAAAACUAAUGCCUAAGUGUUGCGCCUGCUACGAACAGUUCGAAUCGGAAGCUAGUCUAGAGGCUCAUUGUAAGGAAAUUCAUCUGCCGGAAAGCCAAUCGAUCGACAACGCUCCCCAAGACAACGAUUUCGUCUGUCCCACGUGCUAUCGCCGUUACAAAACACGACGAUCACUUUUAAACCAUAAAUUGAAGCCCUAUCGUACCAAGCAGUACCAAUGCUCCCAGUGCGGACGGAUCUUCCGUGAUAAAUGCGCCCUGUCGGACCAUGAGCGCUGUCACCAAGGCGAGCGACCUUUUGUGUGUCCAGUGUGCUCUAAAACUUUCGCAAUCAAGGACUCCUUCCGAAAACACGUGAAAUCACACGCUAUCGAAGAUGAUCACUUUAAGUGCGAAACGUGCGGAAAGGGUUUUAAAACGAAGGGUAAUCUCAAGGACCACUACAUCACGCACGCGUCGGAUUAUCGUCCCCUGGGGUGCAGCCUCUGUCCGGCCACAUUUGCACGAAAAUCGUGUCUGAAGUCACACAUGCGAAUGCAUACCGGAGAGAAACCAUUCAGAUGCUUGUUAUGUGACGCAAGCUAUGCUUUUUCGAGCGAUUUGAAGCGCCAUGUUAUGGCACAUACUGGAAUCAAGCCUUACAUUUGCAACGUUUGUGGGAGGGGCUAUCCGAGGCAGGACUACCUUCGCAAACACUUGGCUUCGCACAGCUCUGGCAAUGCACCUAAUAGCUAAGUUUAAGUUGGUUUAAAUUUAAAAUAUAUUUUCCGAUAAAACAUAAAAAAAGUAUAAUUUAGGCGGCGGGAACAGUUUUGAAGAAGAAGUAAGAGUCUUCAGCAUACUAAGCCAAAGUUUAAACUAUUAUAAAAAAUCACGAUAAAAUAGGAUGACAACGAGUCAGAUCGGUAUGUAAUGAAUUACUAAUAAUAAUUGUCUUCCUUGGUAAUUAUUGUGGUAUUUCGUAAUGCCUUUUUAAAUGCAUAAAAGUUGUAUGGCAAAAUUAUCAAACUUUAUUCUGAGUAAACUUGCGUGCAAGAUAAGUAGAAUGCGAUAUCAAUGUUUUUAAAUACA